GAUCUCUUUCAUUGUUUGUUUUUCACUUUCACUGUAAAGUUAGGGUUUGUUGAAGUUUCAUCGUUGGAUCUUUGAAUCUCUCAUCUGUUAGAGAGAUUCCUGUAUAUUGUUGGUAUAGGUGAUCAUCAGUGGAUGAUCAUCACCUCUGGUUGUAUCGUUCCUUUUGUAUUGAUCUUACAGUUGUAAGAUCUAGGGUUUUUUGGGGGGAACUUUUUUGGUUUGGGUUAAUAAGAUUUUUGGUCACGUUUUGUCGCUAUUUCUUUGUGUGUGAUUGUUAUUUUCUGGUUCAUCAACUUCCAUACCAUUGUUUUAACAAAUCCCACCAAACCCAUCUCCACUUGUGUGUUUUUAUCUAUCUUUUUUCCUAAAUCUUGCUUGAAUUUUCAAGAAAUAUAGUUUCUUGUUAUAAAGUUUGGAUUUUUUUCAUCUGGGUAUCAAGAUUUUGGACCAAAUUUCACAUCUUUAUGUUCAAACAUGAAUCUUGAACCCUAAAAACCACAAAUCCCACCAAACCCAUCUCCACUUGUGUGUUUUUAUCUAUCUUUUUUCCUAAAUCUUGCUUGAAUUUUCAAGAAAUAUAAGUUCUUGUUAUAAAGUUUGUUUGUUUUUUUUUUUUUUUUUCAUCUGGGUGUCAAGAAUUUGGACCAAAUUUCACAUCUUUAUGUUCAAACAUAAAUCUUGAACCCUAAAAACCACAAAAUGCCACUAAACCCAUCUCCACUUCUGUGUUUUUUUUUCUAUCUUUUUUCCUAAAUCUUGCUUGAAUUUUCAAGAAAUAUAAGUUCUUGUUAUAAAGUUUGUUUUUUUUCUUCUGGGUGUCAAGAUUUUGGGUCAGAUAAAGACAAAGGAUCAAGAAAAGCCUAAAUAGAGAGGAAAGAGGGUAGAAAAUUAUGGGUAGAGGAAGAGUGGAGUUGAAGAGGAUAGAGAACAAGAUAAAUAGGCAGGUGACUUUUGCUAAAAGAAGAAAUGGGCUGUUGAAGAAAGCUUAUGAACUCUCUGUUCUUUGUGAUGCUGAAGUUGCUCUCAUCAUCUUCUCUAACCGUGGCAAACUCUAUGAGUUUUGUAGCACUUCCAACAUGCUCAAGAUGCUUGAAAGAUACCAUAACUGCACUUAUGGAUCAAUGGAAAUCGACAAAUCAACCAUCAACGCCGAGCAAAACAGCUACAAGGAGUACAUGAAACUAAAAGCGAAAUACGAGUCUCUACAACAGUACCAAAGGCAAAUUUUCGGGGAGGAUCUUGGCCCGUUAAGUCUUAAGGAACUUGAGCAACUAGAGCGACAACUAGACUCUACUUUGAGGCAAAUUCGGUCCAUAAGGACACAAUCAAUGUUGGAUAGGCUUUCUGAACUUCAAAAUAAGGAAAAGAUGUGGAUUGAAGCUAACAAAGAUUUGCAGAAUAAGCAGCUGGAAGAAAUUUAUGCAGAAAAUCAAGCAGGACCAUCAUGGACAGCUGCACUUGAACAUGGAUGUUCAUAUGAACAACAACAUCAUCAUCAUCAUCAUAACCAUCAUCCUCAAUCUCAGGGUUUUUUCCAGCCUUUGGAUUGCAACCCCAAUUUGCAAAUCGGGUAUAACACAGUUGUUUCAAGCCAGUUAACAGCUACAACAAAUGGGCAGAAUUUGAGUGGAUUAGUGCCUGGAUGGAUGCUUUGACUUUGGCAUGGUCAACCCUCUCUAUUUUUGGUGAUAUAAGUCUACAAUAUUAUGAAUUUAAAUAAGCUUUUUUUUUUCGUCUGGAUUUGGGGAUUUAUUUAAAAGGCUUGUAAGAAUCUAGCAUUGUUAUAAACUCUACACAUCAAUCUAUCUAUUAAGGUCAAUCUCAUGGAGAUGGUGCAUGGAUGAUGAUCA